AUGGCAGCUGCUGUCACUGGUACCAGCACAAAAUCAUCACCUGAUGUCGAUCAUGCGAGAAGACGACGCAUGGCACAAAGUUAUAUUCUCAUUUGGAUUGGUGUCGGCAUCGACGAGACAAACAGAGACUGCCAAGAUACCUUAGCACAACUGAGAACCGUCGUCAAUAGUGUCCACUUUUUUACUCAGUCAGAUGAUGCCGUCGAUUUUCUCACUGAUUCUGAAGAGAUCAAAGCCUUUCUGGUUAUAGAAAAUACUCUUGGUCAACAAAUAAUACCACUGAUUCAUGAUAUUCCUCAAUUGGAUAUUGUUUAUAUUCUCUGUGAUAAUCAAUCUCAGAAUGAACCAUGGGCCACGAGAUGGAAGAAAAUCAAAGGAUUACACACAAAUAGCAAGACCAUAUCUGAGGCACUGCAAUUAAGUGUCAAACAAUGUAAUCAAGACCCUAUUGCCUUGAGUUUUGUUAAGGUAACUGAAACAACGUCCACCGCCAACCUGGAUCAGUUAGCCCCGACAUUUAUGUACACUCAAGUAUUCAAAGAGAUCUUACUCGAAAUAGAACACACCGAGCAAUCAAUCAAAGAGUUCACUGCUUACUGUCGACAAAACAAUUGUGGGACUCCGAAUAAUAUCGACCGAUUCGAGAAAGAAUAUGCUCCCCAGUCAGCUAUUUGGUGGUAUACUUCUCAAUCAUUUAUCUACUCUGAACUCAACUAUGCUCUUCGUGUGAUGGAAGUUGGCAGCAUCAUCAAAAUGGGUUUCUUUAUUUGUGAUUUACACCGUCAAAUUGAACAAUUAUAUAGACAGCAACUCAGUGACUAUCAUGAAAACUCCUUCAUUGUCUAUAGAGGACAAGGACUCUCCAAAGUGAACUUUGAGAAACUGUUAGAAACAGAAGGUGGACUUAUGUCCUUCAACAAUUUCUUAUCUACUAGUACCAAUAAAGACGUUUCUUUCACAUUUGCUGACAGUAUUUCGACAAUUACUAACAUGGUUGGUAUACUCUUCGUGAUCUCUAUUGAUUCACGUAUCUCAUCAGCACCAUUCGCCUCCAUCAAGAAGUUUAGUUCUUUCGAAGCUGAAGAAGAAAUUCUCUUUUCAAUGCACACGGUGUUUCGGAUCGGUAUAAUUAAACAAAUGGCUGACAAUAGUCAGCUUUAUGAAGUCGAACUUCAACUGACAGCUGAUGAUGAUAAACAACUUCGUGUACUCACCAAUCAGAUAGCAAAAGAGGCUGCAGGUAACACUGGAUGGCAACGAUUGGGUAACUUAUUACUUAAGAUAGGCCAUUCUGAUAAGGUCGAAGAACUUUACAACCUACUACUCGAACAAACAUUUGAUGAGAGCGAGAAAGCACUUUAUUACCAUCAGCUUGGAUAUGUCAAAACUGAUCAACGUGAUCAGAAAAUGGCUAUCUGGUAUUACGAAAAAGCGCUUGACAUAUGUGAAAAAAUUCUUCCUUCAAAUCAUGUUACUUUGGCUACUUCCUACAACAAUGUCGGUGCAGUAUAUGACCACCUAGGAGAGUACUCGAAAGCACUUUCAUAUCAUGAAAAAGCACUUCAUAUAUACGAAAAAAUUCAUCCUCCAAAUUAUCCUUCAUUGGCUAGUUCCUACAAUAAUAUCGGUUUGGUGUAUGACAACAUGCGAGAGUACUCGAAAGCGCUUUUAUAUUAUGAAAAAGCACUUGAUACAUACGAAAAAACUCUUCCUUCAAAUCAUCCUGAUUUAGCUACUUCCUAUAAUAACAUCGGUUCAGUGUAUAUGAAUACGGCUGAGUACACGAAAACACUUCCAUAUUAUGAAAAAGCCCUUGACAUAUAUGAAAAAACCCUACCUUCAAAUCAUCCUUCUUUGGCUACUUCCUACAGCAACAUCGGUUCAGUGUAUAUGAGUAUGGGAGAGUACUCGAAAACACUUCCAUAUUACGAAAAAGCGCUUGAUAUAUUUCAAAAAUGUCUUCCCCCAAAUCAUCCUUCGUUGGCUGCUUCCUACAAUAAUAUCGGUUUUGUGUAUAAGAACAUGGGAGACAACGUCAUAGCACUUUCAUAUUAUGAAAAAGCACUUGGCAUAAAUGAAAAAAUUCUACCUUCAAACCAUCCUGAUUUGGUUAAUUACUACAAUAAUAUUGGUUUGGUGUAUGACAAUAUGCGAGAGUACUCGAAGACACUUCUAUAUUACGAAAAAGCACUUAAUAUAUAUGAAAAAACCCUUCUUCCGAAUCAUCCUAAUUUGGCUAUUUCCUAUAACAGCAUCGGCUCACUGUAUAUGAAUAUGGGAGAGUGGUCGAAAGCGCUUCCAUAUUACGAAAAAGCGCUUGAUAUAUAUGAAAAAAUCCUUCCUGCACAUCAUCCUACUUUAGCCACUUGCUAUAACAAUAUUGGGGCCGCGUAUGAUUACAUAGGAAAUUACUUGAAAGCACUUCCAUAUCUAGAAAAAGCACUUAAUAUAUUUCAAAAAUGCUAUCCCCCAAAUCAUCCUUCGUUGGCUGCUUCCUACAACAACAUUGGUACGGUGUAUAAAGCCAAAAAAGAAUACUCGAAAGCACUUUCAUAUUAUGAAAAAGCACAUGAUAUAUAUGAAAAAACUCUUCCUGCAAAUCAUCUUUCCUUGGCUAUUUUCUUCAACAACAUUGGUGCAGUGUAUGUCACCAUGAAAGAGUACUCGAAAGCCUUUCCAUAUUACGAAAAAGCACUUGAAAUUCGACAAAAAUUUUUACAUUCAAAUGAUCCUGAUCUCGCUGAAUCCUACAAGGAUUCUGCAGGUCUAUAUUAUUACAUGGAAGAAUAUUCAAAAGCACUCUCAUAUUUCGAACUUGCUCGAGACAUAUGGCAAAGUUCACUACCUCCAAAUCACACUGAACUCAAAAACAUGGAAGAAAGUAUUGACAUUGUAAAAAAGAAAUUAUAA